AGGAAUUUCCGGUGACGUCAGCGCGUCAGGACUCCAUUAGUGUUGCAGCUGUUUGGAGAAUAACAACAAAACGGGGGCGACUGUCAGCGCUUUCGCACUUGUCAGUUCUUCGCAGUUCAAUAGGGACGAGGUGUCGACAAACUGGGAGCUGAAACCUCCUUUCCCACCCGGAGCUUCGCCGGCUUCUAACCACGGCCGCUCUCGGUGAGGAAACUCUGGCCUCCGCUUCCUCCUCCUCCGACUCGGACACCGGCGGAGCGUCACCGCCCCCACGGAAGAAACACCGAGCCUCGGCGGCGGAGGGAGCAGGAGAGCCCGUGGCGUCAACAGUCGGAGCGGGCCUUCACGGUGUUGGACUCGGAAUUGCUACUACUUCUUCUUCUCCCUCUCUCCAUUCUCAAGCCACCUCAGCUAUUCAUUUUAAUCGAAGUCUAGUCAGCAAUCUCGGCAUCAAUAUGCAGGCAAACGGAGCAGGACAAGAAUCAUCGGAGCUUUCCUGUCUUAAUAGCGCACAAAACGGGGAGUCAUCCUCGGGUAGUGGGACACACUCAAACGGUCUGCUGUCUAGCACAAAUAACGGUAAUGGUGUCGGUACCAGUAACGGGGCUUCUACAGGACCAGGCUCUGGGACCGUCUCGACGGUUUCUGGUUCUGACGCCUCGUCGAAGAAGAAGAAGCGACUCUCUCAAGCGGAGGAAGAUGUCAUCCGAUUAAUAGGACAACAUCUCCACGGACUAGGGCUAAAUCAAACGGUGGACCUGCUGAUGCAGGAGUCGGGGUGCAGACUUGAACACUCCUCGGCCACCAAGUUCCGCAACCAUGUCAUGGAGGGGGACUGGGACAAGGCUGAGAAUGAUCUCAACGAGUUGAGAGCACUGAUGCAUUCUCCCAAUGCCAUUGUGCGGAUGAAGUUCCUGCUGUUGCAGCAAAAGUACCUGGAGUACCUGGAGGACGGCAAGGUGCUGGAGGCCCUGCAGGUGCUCCGCGGCGAGCUCACACCGCUAAAGUACAACACGGACCGCAUCCACGUCCUCAGCGGGUACCUGAUGUGCAGCCAUGCAGAGGACCUGAGAGCCAAGGCAGAGUGGGAGGGAAAGGGCAUUGCCUCUCGCAGCAGACUGCUGGACAAACUACAGACGUACCUGCCUCCCUCGGUGAUGUUGCCCCCGCGGCGGAUGCAGACGCUGCUCAGGCAGGCGGUGGAGCUCCAGAGGGACCGCUGCCUCUACCACAACACCAAGCUGGACAGCAGCCUGGACUCGGUCUCCCUCCUCCUGGACCACGUCUGCAGCCGGUCAGUAGCGCAAGGGGCUAGCAUGUGCGCUACUACUGGCAUGCGGAAACAGUUCCCCUGCUACACGCAGCAGAUCCUCACAGAGCACUGUAACGAAGUCUGGUUCUGCAAGUUCUCUCACGACGGCACCAAGCUGGCCACUGGCUCCAAAGACACCACUGUCAUCGUUUGGCAAGUGGACCCGGAGACGCACCAGCUGAAGCUGCUGCGGACCCUGGAGGGCCAUGCCUACGGUGUCUCCUACCUAGCGUGGAGCCCAGACAACACCUACCUGAUCGCCUGCGGACCCGACGACUGCUCCGAGCUCUGGCUCUGGAACAUCCAGACGGGGGAGUUGCGGACCAAGAUGUCCCAGUCCCAUGAAGACAGCCUGACCAGCGUCGCGUGGAACCCAGACGGCAAGCGCUUUGUCACAGGGGGACAGAGGGGGCAGUUCUACCAAUGUGACCUGGACGGUAACCUGCUGGACUCCUGGGAAGGCGUGAGGGUACAGUGUCUGUGGUGUCUAGGCGACGGGAGGACGGUGUUGGCCUCGGACACCCACCAACGUAUUCGCGGUUACAACUUUGAGGACCUCACCGACCGAAACAUAGUACAGGAGGACCACCCGAUAAUGUCGUUUACUGUUUCAAAGAAUGGAAGAUUAGCUUUGUUAAAUGUAGCAACUCAGGGCGUCCACCUGUGGGACCUGCAGGACCGGGUACUGGUGAGGAAGUACCAGGGAGUCACCCAGGGCUUCUAUACCAUCCACUCCUGUUUCGGAGGACACAACGAAGACUUCAUCGCCAGCGGCAGCGAAGACCACAAGGUGUACAUCUGGCACCGUCGCAGCGAGCUGCCCAUCGCCGAGCUGACGGGCCACACGCGCACCGUCAACUGCGUGAGCUGGAACCCCGCCAUCCCGGGGCUCAUGGCGUCCGCCUCGGACGACGGUACGGUGCGCAUCUGGGGGCCGGCGCCAUUCCUCGAAACGCAGGAGCCCGACGGACCGAACGAAAACUGCAGUACCAUGGAUAGUUGAUGGUGACUGAAAGUACAACAGCUGUCGUCUCUCAAAACUAAAACCACAAGUCCACGACGAAAUAGCCGGGCCAUUGACUUCCAACCGCAACCAGAAGAAUAACGACCACACACAAGUCACCGACAACAAACAAACAACCACCUGAGAGCAAAUAAAAAAAGGCGAGAGGAAAAAUUCAAACUGCCUCAUGUUCCGACCCAGACGAAAACUGUGGAGGUGGCGGGAAUGAAAAAAAGGCACUCAGCAAACAUCCAGGUCUUCAUCCAAACCCCUGAUUGUUAGCCAGAGAUUUGGAAAGCAAGUCGCUCCCCGGAGGCUACCACCACCCACCCCACCACAGCCUCCCCUUCACAAGCCCCCAGGCGUCCAAAAGUCUCUUGCGAGAGCCGCCUCCACCUCCGACGAGGAACCCAACAUCGUGCUGCCCAUCCUCCCUGGUCUCCCUCAAAGACAGACACUGCAGACUCGGCGUAUAAUCUUCGGACGAAGUCUGUCUGCCUUUCUAUCCCUCACAUAUAUAUAUAUAUAUAUCGAUACAUAUAUGUAUAUGUGUGUGCGUGUAUAUAUGUGUGCGUGUGUGUGUAUACAUGGAGACCGGCAUGGGGGUGUUCUGGGGUGGAUGGUGUACAGGGGGGUAUAGCAACUCUUCUGUAUGUAUGUGUUUUAUCUUCUUGCUCUUCUUACUCUAAGCUAUAUUCUUGGCACUCGAGUCGUUGGACGAAGGCUACAAAAAAAAAAUCUUUAAAAAAACACUGGUCAACCAACCGACAAAAGAAGACACAAAAAAAAGAUUAUGCUCGAUGUUGAAUUUGUUUUUCUUGAUGAUCCCGGCGUUAUUCCCCUUUUAAGAGGUGACUCUUGGCUUGGAGUAGAGAGCGUGGCCAUUGAAAGCUUUAGUGUGAAGAAUACACUGUCCCUUGGUUUCUUUCAUUUAGGACAAAGUUGCUUGGGGUUCUAUUUUAGUUAUUUUUUCCAUUCCCGUAAUUAUACAAUCUGAACCAGAAGUAUCUGUGGUGUUGUCUGUAGGAUGAAGCCCCCACCCAAUCAUCACACAGUUGAGCUAGCUAUCGCACAUCUCCCCCCUCCCCUGCAAGAGAAGAUGUAACCAAGAGGGACUUUAGUUGCAUAUCAUUGGCGAGGAGACCGUUAACUGCAAAACCAGGGCUUUGCUUUACCGCCAUUUUCUAUAACCUCUGUCUAAGAGACACGCUCGCAGACACAAAAGAGCAUUAGAAACCCCUCUCUUUGCACACUAAUGACUACACUUGGCGUGUGUGUGUGUGUGUGUGUGUGUGUAUGUAUGUAUGUAUGUGUAUGAGGGCAGGCGCAUGUAUACCUGCAUCAGUGUGGGUGUGCUGUUUGUAUUUGUGUGUAUGUUUGUUUUGUAAGCCCGUGCUAAACUUACACCAGCAGAAGAAACUUGCUCUCUCUCUCCCCCCCCCUCCCUCACCCCAAACCCCCACUGCUGCCCCUUAAAUCCACCAGUUAAUAUUGUAAAAGGCUUUUAAAUCAACUCUUAAGUUAUCCAAAGCCCCAUAGCGACCUCUAUCUGUGGAACUAAUGAAAACUUGAGAGCCAUUUUGUAAAAACAUAUUUUGCUUUUUGCUUUUUUAAUCUGGGGCUUUUCUUUUACAUUGAAUCUGUUUUAUAUAUAAAUAUAUAUAAAUAUAUUUCUCCUUACCACACAUCCUUCCAAUGAUGGUUUGUUGGCAUUGGCAGUCUUACUUUGAAGGGGGUAACCCGGGUGGAGUUGAAGGUGUAUUCUGACCUUUUUGAUUCAUUCUUUUCGCCAUCAGUUGUUACCGGGCGCGUUAUGAGUAAAGGUUGAUUUCAAAGAUGUUCAUGAUUGUAAUCACUGAAGGGUCAUGGUUUAGAGGCAGCAAUAACCGGAAAAGCUACAAGCCCAGGGACAGUGCUUGGGGAAUGUUCCUAAUUUAGCGAGACACAAACCUGACUGCCUUCCUCGUCACACAUUUGCACAAACACCUUCAGUACGUUCAACCCUCCUCCGUUCCCCCAUUGCACUUUGACUGGUCUUUUGCUUUUCUCUUGAGACGAAGACCGGAAUCUAUUUGGUUCUAUUCUAUCAAGACUCCUCCCAAGUUUGAAAACUAAAACGUUUUGUUAAUGUUUACCAACCCUGAGGAGAAAACCCCCGAAGAGUUUAAUUCCUUGUUUUGCCCUCAAUGUGACCUGACACGGGGGUGGAAUAUAAUAUUGUACAUGACACAUCAGGGAACACAAACCCACAAAGCAUAACAGCCUCAUUUUGAGGCUGCCACACAUUUCGGGGGCUUGGAAGGAUAACUAAAGACCCCUCACACACACCCACCAAGUUGUUCAGUGGCCACAGCAUCAUUCAAGGUUUUCUUCCCGUUUUCAGAUAUGACUAUUUGAUACAGACUGAUAAAAAGGUUUAAAACAAUGCUUUUCUGUCUGUUUUUAUUGAACUUUUUGUUACUUUACGUUUUGUUCUCAUAUAUAAUUUUUUUUUGGUUGACCGCUAUCCCUGUAUGAUUAUAUUAAAAUAUAACUAGACUUUC